AUGUCAGACACAAUCCCUUUCGGUUUGGGCCAUUUCUCGGUGCGCAUAGCACUGGCCCUUAGCGGUGCAGCAUUGACCCACAUCGCCUUGACGCCUCCAACGCCGCCUGCGCAACAGAGCGCGGUGAACAAGUUCGGUCAGCCCGAUGUGGGCACUCGUAUUGGUCGGAAAUACAGUGUAUUGAUGUUGCCUCUGUACUGGAUCCUUACUGUGUGCGAGGUUACUGCUAUCCUCGCCAGUCAUUAUCCAUCCACGACAUCGACGCGUUUGCUUGCGAUUCUAGCACCACACUCUGCCACCUCUGCGCUUAACAUCCGUAUCACCCACAUCGUCAUCGUCGGCUGGGCGUUGACGUGCCUAGGGAGCCUCCUCCGCCUCCUCUGCUUCCGCACCCUCGGCCGCUUCUUCACCUUCGAACUCUCCCUGCAGGAGGGUCACAAGCUCGUCACCUGGGGCCCGUACGCUGUCGUACGCCAUCCGAGCUACACGGGCACGUUGAUGGUCGCGUCGGGCAACUUGCUGUACGCCUUUGGUGCGGGAUCGUGGUGGAAGGAGUGCGGAUUGGCAUUUACGUCGGUUGGGGAGUUAAUUGCCCUGUUGCGGCUCAUAUCCUUCCCGUCUUUCUUCGUAUCCGUGCCCGUCAGGAUUGCCAAGGAGGACAGGAUAUUUCGGAAGGAGUUUGGGGCCGAAUGGGAUGCAUGGGCGAGGAAGACCCCAAACAAGCUCAUCCCUUUCGUCUAUUGA